GUUACUCACAACUUCCAUCAUCGUGCAUUCCCAAGGCUCGCUAUUCGCGACAUUUUGCACGCUACAUCCACGUAACCGAGAGACCUCGCUUCCAAGUUGGAUCGCUUAGUCCUCAACCUCCUUAUAAACAAUUGAUAUCCUCCCAGCCAUCGCUGCUACUACUUGCUUUACUUACAUGUUAGAGAUACGGGAAAAGAUCCAAACACCUACCCCCUCUGACUAAAGCGUCCUGAAGAAACAUUCAAGACGCCUCUACCAUCGCUUAUCCCACGUUAUAUACCGAGAAAAGAACAACAACUGUACAAGUUGAUACGAGAACAGCAGCAUGCAACAAUUCGAGCAAUCAUCCUUCGCAAGUCCAUUCUACCCGCCAGGAUACGGUUACAGUAGCCCUCCACCUGGUAUGCAUUCGGGAUCAAAUUUCUACCGAGAGGGUUUUGGUGCAUCUAUCCCGACACCGGCCGCCUCACCACGAACCCCUGGUUCGAGCAGACGCAGGAGUUCCCAGCAUCCCGAAUACAUGGGUCCCUCCGAGUAUGGCAGUGCCAAGCGGCCAUCAUCUUCCAGGCGAUCUGGCCAUGAGCACGCUGAGUUUUCUCAUGAACAGUAUAACACUGCUUCCCCCCGUCCGGGUGUGCAAUACAGAGGCGCCCCGUACAUGCACACCCCUGUGCACACCCCUCCCCCCUCAUCUCACGCUCAUCACAACAUGCCCAACCUCUACUCUUACGUACCAGGCGGCUUCACGCAACAGCAGCCCGAAUACUUCCCUGCUCCUACCCCUGGCCCUCAAUCCCCCCCACCUCGUGAACGAACUAGGUCACGAGUUCACUCUCACAGACGUGAGGCCACUUGGUCUGAGCCUUCUCCCCGCUCUACCAAGCCUUCCAUGCCCUCGAGGUCAAACACUGACCCUGCCGCCAUCGAUGCCGAUGAGAUUCGUAGAAAGGCAGCCUCUCUCGGGAUCCCGGCCGACUACUCCCUGAAAAACUGGGACCCCAAUGAGAGGCCCGUUAUACUUUUAGGGUCCGUCUUUGAUGCCAGCUCUUUGGGCGAAUGGAUCUUCAACUGGACUAAAUACCACCAUGGAAGGUCUCACGAUGCUACCAAGACUGCAGGUGGACUUUGGGGGUUGUUGAUUGAGUUGAGCUCCAAGUUGAAGAGAUCGAGAGAGUUCUAUCAUCAGAUUAAGGCGAAGGAGAACCGCGAGAUUUUGGAUGAUUUCAUGGAGAGCGGCGAGAGGCUUUGGUCUAAGUUAAAGGAUCUCCUCAAGGCUUGUGAGGAGUACAUGUGGAGGGGGGCUCGUGGAGUCGCCUCGCCACGUCCAGAGGAAGGCAAGACGGUUCAGAUGGGCAAGAAGUCCGGAGCCGAGUUUGUCGAUGCCAUGUUUAAUGGCGUCAAGGAGUGGGAGCGCACCGAGAGAUUGAUGCGGGGUAUGGUCAUGUGGUGCCAACGUUUUGAGGUCAACUGCGAGGAUAUCCUCCGUCGUCCAGAUGCUUAGGACGGACGACAGUACGAACCAAUCCGAAGAAGGGUUUCGGCGGGCGUUCUCUCGAUUAUUCUCUCGUUGGGGACGACCACAAUGGAACGCAAAAAGUUUUUUGUUUUGGCGGGGCGGCUUUGAAUUCCUUUUAGAUUUCGGCGUUUUUCCAUCUCCCUUUUGAUAUACCCCCUAUUAUUCUUGUCGCUUUUACUCUACUCAUUUUUUAUUAAUUUUUUGCCCUUCUACCUUUUGUCUUUGUAUACCCUGUUUUUUUUUUUUUUUUUUUUGUUAUCGGUUUAAUCUUGUUCAUUCUCCUUCGGUUUAGGUAGGGGCAUGGCAUCUUUUAUUUUUCCCUUCAAAAGCAAUUGGUCUGUACUUUUAGUUUCUCAUAUCUUGUUCCACGGAUCCAUUCAUGUUGUACAGGGUUUUUGUUUUUCUCGAUUCUGUCGGGUUCUGGGUUUUCGGGUUCUUUCUUCAACAGUAUUUAGGGAAAAAGUUUCUUGUUUUAUCAUUUUUAUUUCAUUUUGGGAUCUUUUAUUUUUUUUCUUUCUUCGGAUUCAUCUGCAUAUUGGGGUUCACUUGAAAAAAAAUCUCUAGCAUGCAUAUGGGAAUGGAUUGGGAAAAAAAAUUACAGGUUUGGGUGGAAUUGUUUUGAAUUUUGUUAUUUCUGAGAUACCCUUUUUUUCUUUUUCUUUUUUAUUUCUUUUAGCUGGCCUUUGAUUGGUUGGUUCGGCGGGGAGGGCGGGAUAUAUGAAAGGAAUGAAUGGAUGGAUGGGGGAUGCAGUGGUAGGAAACACUCGGAAUUGCACGAUGCAAUACAGAUACACUGUUACAGCGAUGCGGGAGCAGGAUGGAAGGAAGGAGGUGCAGUGGUAGGAAACGAACACGAAUUUGCAACAUGGCAAAACAAAAUCACUGUCACAGGCUGGCUGGCUAGCCCUGCUAUUACUAUUAUCGUCAUCGUCGUCGAGGCGAGACGAGGGAGAGGGGGAGAGAAAGAGUAGGAACGAUUUCCUUGUGUCCCAAAGUCUAAUGUAAUAUUUUUAUUAUUAUUUCCUAUAAUAUUUCCUAUAUUUCCUUUGUCUUUUUGUCUACAGUAUCUAUCUACGCAAAUUUGUUCAUGCCACGCGUCUGUUUUUGUCCAAAAAAGAACUCACCCCUCAGCCCCUCACCCCUCUUUCCCCACUUUCUAUUUUUCUGUGGAAAUGAUUUCUCUCUCUGCUUGAUUCAUUUCUUUGGUCAGUAUUAGUAUCUCCAAGAUGUAUUCUACUCCUCUGUUUUAUUGUAUGUACCGUAGGUAUGUAAUGUUCUGCAGCCCAGUUUAAUCGUUAAUGUGAAGAUUAUUUUAUGCCUUUUUCAA